GCAUCUUCUGCUCGUUUAACCUAGAUUGUUGAGCUUUAUGCACUUCCUGCUCCUUCUUUACCCUAGCUUGUUGAACUUCACGUACUUCCUGCUCCCUCUUUAUCCUGGCUUGUUGAGCUUCACGUGCUUCCUGCUCCCUCGUUAUCCUAGCUUGAUGCGCCUCACACGCUUCCUGUUCCUCCUUCGUGCGAGCCUGGCGGGCUUCAUGCUCUCCACGUGCCAAUUGCUCAAUUAAACUAGCUUGGCGGGCUGCCUCUUCGGCUGACUGCUCUCUUGCAGCUUUGUCGCCUGUCGCCAAAUUUCCUCCAACCUAGAAAGGGGUUAGACAGUUCAAGUACAUCGUGAAGGGGUCAAUGGCAUACCUCAAUUUGAACAUCAUGGCGAUACGGACAAUUAGAGCCCCUUGGGCACGCACCAGCCUUCCACGCUCGACAGGCGCUUU